AUGAAGCACGCCUUCACGCUGAAGCUGAAAUCGCACGUUUGCAAACCGUCAUCCAAGAGCACCAGCGCGAGAAAGAUGCUCACACCGAGACUCAUGAAGCACGCCUUCGCGCUGAAGCUGAAAACACCCGCUUGCAGGCCAUCAUGCAAGAACUUCAACAAGAAAAUGCGACUCAAGCGGAAGCCCAUGAGGCACGCGUCCGUGCCGAGACCGAAGUUGCCCGUUUAGAAUCUCAACUCGAACAGAUUCGAUCCGAGUCCAACGGUCACACAGAGCAACUGUCUGCGGUGCGCUCCGAAGCAGAUAGCGAGAUCGCGCGCUUACGAACUGUGAUCGAUCACCUUCGUGGCGAGGUCGAUGUAAAGGCAGAGGAGGUCACGGAAUCCCGUGAGCGAUCAGCAAAACAGAUCUCGAGUCUGGAGGAGAGUAUCCAGCAAAUCCGUACUGAAACUGACGCCCGGCUGAAGGAAGCCACGGACUCGCGCACACAGGCCGAGGAUGAAGUUACUCGGUUGCAAACCUUGAUAGAACAAAUACGCACCGACGUGGAGUCUCAGCUCAGCGAGGCAACCAAAACUCGGGCAGAAGCUGAGGAGAAUGCGGCACGCUUGCAAGCGGAAUUAACCGAGCUCGAAGGCGAAGUUGUGAGGGUUCGAACUGAGCUUACAAUGGCCCAGGCUGAGCUCGAUGGUGCUUAUGGUAGCCGGUCUCAACGGGCAGCCGCUGUCGACCCCGUCCUUCAAAAAGAGCUCGAGGUGUUGACCACCCGUAAUAUCGAGCUGGCGCAGGAGCUUGCAACUUUCAAGGCUGGUAAGCCUGCAAACAGCGACACACAGCGGCGUGUAGAGACAUUAGAGAAGGAGCUGCGUGAGACGAUUGAUGACUAUGAAGUCAUGACCAAAGCUAGUAUCGAAUUUGAAAAAGAACGCGAGAAGUUCGAGAGCCUCAUUGACGCGCUUCGGGAUCGCUGUGAGCAACUGGAGACGCAAUUGAAUGAAGAGCGGAUCACUUGGAUGGGCAUGCACUCAGCGUCGAUGGGACGAGAUGGAACUACGUACGAGACCACAUCAACCAUGGUGCUGAAGAACGAGUUCAAGAAGAUGAUGCGUGACACGCGGACUGAAAAUAUGAAGAUACUGAAGGCGGAGCAAGAAGAACGCCGAAGGCUGGAGGCCUUGCUCAGGAAUCUGAAAAGGGAGCAAGCCAGCAAAGCUGGCCCGAAUCAGACCGUCACGGCUUUAUGA